CAUAUUGAGAUCGACUUCAGCCAAACGCUAAUAAAAGAUCCAUCUCAAACUGUCAAAAUUACACCGAGCGAGACGUCUUUUCCGCCUUCUGAAAACAACACCAGCAAGAAGAGGAAGAAGAAGUCUGAGGCACAAGAGUGUACAGCAAGGGCUUGCAAGAACUCAGGCAGAAGUGAAUAACUGGCUUUGAACAUCUGACUAGGUUAAGUAGAGCUGGACAAACAAAGAAGAAAUACUACCAUGAAUGCCCAAGAUAUGUAUGACAGUGAGCUUCAAUUUAGUGAAGAUGAUUUCUCACCCAAGUCAAACAUGGCUUUGUCCCAUCAUGACACUCUCUCCACUUCAUACAGACAACUGUUACUCUCCACCAGUAUUUGUGACGUGCCUCAGUCUCAGUCUGGCCUCUUUGGCUCAACUCAACUUUCAAAUUGCUCACUGCCAGACAACCAUGGUUCCAGCUUUGAGCCCAGCAUGAGGGGACCUGCUUUCAAUCCUUGGCACCACAAAGUUACAUCCAAACUCAAGCAAGAAAAUUCUGUCUCCUCAUAUUCUCUAGCCAGUCUUCCUUCCUGCAGUAAUGUUGGUCCCUUAAAACAAAUUCAGAAUGUGAUGAAUAGGAGCGUGGAUUCCAGUCCUCUUAAAAAGAAAUGUAAGAUGAUGUUACCUUACCAGAAGCUUGCCUUCUCUUCUCAGGAUUUUAUCUCAGAUGAUUUUGAUACAUCACCUCAUGACAGUGGGCACUUUGAAAGUAGCAAAAAGACUACCACAGCCACAGGCUCAUUAUCUCCUGCUCAAGCUGAAGGACAAAGGCCUCUCAAAGGGUGUUCAUCACUCAUCCUUGAUGAAGAUGAUGCAGUUGUGAUGACAGAGCUCAUGAAUGAAGUGACACAUGAAGAUCAGGAAUUCUUACCUUCCCCCAUACAUGUGGAUAAGUUGUGUUCACCACCCAAAACCCUAUCCUGUCUGUCUGUCAAGCAUCAUCCCUUUUCUCAGGUUCAUAAACCUAUGGCAGGCAAAGAGAAUGUGUAUCCCUUAAAACGAUCACAUUCAGAAUGGGGUGCCAGAACUGUAGAAAGUAAACUUGGGGAGCUGGAUGCAUCCAGCUCAUUCUCUGACCCAAAGGUCUUGGAAACCCACAUCACCGUAAUGAAGGCAUUAAGCAGAAGUUUUGAAAAUGAAGAGAAUCUCACUGGUGACUUCUCUAAGGCUUUGUUGCUUCCUGUUCUUGAGAUAAGGAAACACUCUGACCUUUGGUCUAUAAGUGUUCAUACUCUAGCAGAUGUUAUUAAGGGCAAGUACAAUGGUAAACUUGCCUCCUGCAGAAUCAUUGACUGCAGGUACCCAUAUGAAUAUGAUGGAGGACACAUAAAGGGAGCAGAAAUGUGGCACUUGCCAGAGUUAGUGUCUGAGCACCUGAAAGCUAAGAAAAAUGCUCCAUUCAUUGCUAGCGAGGAAGAACUAAGACACAUCAUGGUAUUUCAUUGUGAGUUCUCUACAGAAAGAGGACCCAAAGCACAGCGGCUGCUGCGGCAGAUUGACCGUACUGCCAACAAGAAAAAUUAUCCUGCUCUUCAUUUUCCUGAAGUGUACUUGCUGGAAGGAGGUUAUAAUGCCUUCUUUAAGAAAUACUCAGAGCUGUGCACACCCUGCAACUAUGUGAGGAUGGUUGAUCCCAAACAUAAUGAGGAUCUGAAACACUUUAAAGCCAAGUCCAAGUCCUGGGAUAGUGGGAAGGAAUACUCCAAGAUCUGCAUACGCUUCCCUAGGCUGGAAUUAUCUUAACUUUUUUGUGUAUAUGUAAAAUGUCUCCUGUGUUGUGGAGCACAGGAAGGUUUUGUCUAUGUUCAGUCUGUAACAUUAUGGAUUUUUAUGUAGAAAUAUGAAAUUUGAUGUACCCUUAAUUUUAAUUUUUGCUUUAUUUAUUUACUUUUUUGGUUUAUUUACACUUGAUUUGACUUAAACAUCAUCCAAUGAUAGUGCAAAUCAUUCAGAAUUUUGUGCUUAGGAUAAUUUUUAUCCAGGUUCAGUUUUUUUUUUUUUAAAGCAAAGGUUGUGGAACAAUGUUCCUCCUAAAACAGUGAAACAUUAAGCUCUUAGAUUGUGAUUGGUCUGAACAGAAUUUUUCUUCGUAAUUUUUUUUCCUUAGGAUACAGUUAUAUUUAAAUGUGUUUAUUUUUUGUCACCUUUUAUUGUGAUUUCGGAAAGUGUGGUUUUCUGGUAACAAUUUAGGUCAGUUUCCAUCAUUCUUGAAAGUUGGUGUUGAAAUUUUUUUAGCAGUAUUUUUAUCAGUAUUUAUUUUUUCAUAAUUGAUUUGUAAUUGAUUGUAACAUUUGAUUUACAAUCUAGCAAGUAUAAUUUAGAUGAUUAAAUUCAAUUGCCUUUCAAGAACAGCAUCAUUAAGUAAACUAUUGUCUUGACAGUUAUAAUUGUGAUAUUUGCUUUAUAGUUUUGUAAAGAGAGCUGUGAUGAAUAAACUUAAAAUAAAAUCUUCCAAGUAUAAUUGUCAUUAAGUUAUGUUGAUAACUGAAUUCGGUACUUUUACUAAAAAAUUCAGAUUGUUGAACAUAUAGUAUUCAUAUAGUUGAAAUUCUGAUGAAUGAUAUUUGUAGUGCCACAAAGAAAAAUAUUAAAUUGAUUCAAUAAAAAUUAUAAGCUGUAACUUGUAUUGCCCAUGCACCAUAUAUUUUACUGAAGCUAGGCGUGAAGCAAGCUUACUUAAACUGAAUUACCUCGCCAGUGAUCACUGACUAUACACACAUUUUAUAAGCAGACAAUUUUUCUUAUGAAUGGUAAAUAAUUAUCAGUCCAGUCUGCCUUGAUACACUUUUCAUUAUAUAAAUUAGACAACUUGCAGAUGACUUUGGGAGCUAGUGGGAAUGCUCUAAAACAAGUCUAAGGGUACAUCGAUUGUGGGCGCCCUGCUGAGCUUGUGACGCAAGCCUCGGACUGCGUUGUUGUGGGUGGGUGAAAGCGUGGAGACCAGCCAAAAAGUUAGAAAAAUAAAUAAAGGGAAGGGGCAAGUAGUGAGUAGGAUAAUAUUAUAAGGAACAAAAAUAAAAUAAAAUAAAAUAAAAAGUAUGUACAUGAGCAAAAAUAACUGAAUUGAGGGAAAGUAACAAUUUAUCAUCUGUGUAUGUAGAGAAAUGCAGAGUUAAAAGUCGAGUAACAAAAACUUAGAAUAAAGGAAGAGAGAUGCCAUGAUACUAACCUCGAACUAUAAUGUGAAACAGGAAAAACUAAUGUGUGUGUGUUUGCCUUGCGUACGUUUCUGGGAACUAAUGUGAGAAGGACAGCGGAAAUGCGCGCACACGUGUAUUUACUUAUAGUAGUUACCUACAAGUAGUUGUAUUAUACAGGGUUGGAGCGGGGCUCAUAGUGCCGUCUCCAUAUCUCCAUUCAUCUAAUUUUUUCUUAAAGUUAUGCACAUUAUGUGCUGUAACAUCUUCAUUAUGUGUAAUUCACGU